GAAAGGUCAUGCGGAAAUCCCUCCACCUUGGCUGCUGGCAGAUCCUGAUUGUCAUUUGUUUCAUGUAAAAGGCGACAGUCUAAAUUUGCAGUGCUUCGCUUGCUUUGAAUUAUAACACCACGAUUUUUCAUUAACCGACCUUCGUUUUUUCCGUCGGGUUAAAAACAAUAAACCUUGUUUGAUCGGAUAAUCGGUGAGCUGCGUGCUUCGGCGAGUUCGUCGCGGCGGAACACGGAGAGUUGUCACCGUCCAUACUUGAAGGUUCGGUUUCUUCUUCUCGUUUCUGAAACUCCGCGAGAAAAAAAAACAAAACGUCGGGCCGAACUCGGACCAUUGCUGUUAUUUUUGCUUUCAGUCUAAGCAGGUACUCGGUUGAGGGAGCACCAUGGCCCGCCUGGUCGCUGUGUGCCGGGACGGGGACGAGGAUUUCCCCUUCCUCUCCAGGCAGAUCCCGCUGUACAUCGACGACGCGCUUACGAUGGUGAUGGAAUUUUCUGAUAACAUGCUGAACCUUGAAAGUCAUCAGAUAAACAGUUUGCAGAUGAAGCAAUUCAUUCAGGACCAUGGCAUGCUGAAACAGCACGACCUCAACAUUGCCAUGAUGGUGACUUCACGGGAGGUGUUCAGCGCACUGUCACAGAUGGUGCCAUGCGUGGGCUGCCGACGAAGUGUUGAGCGUCUCUUCUCCCAGCUUGUGGAGUCAGGAAACCCAGCUCUGGAGCCACUGGUUGUUGGCUCAUCUGGAGAGCUGUCAGUCACAAGGACCUGCAUGGCAGAUGCCAAGAAGCUCUACACACUCUUCUAUGUCCAUGGCUCGAAGUUGAAUGACAUGAUUGAUGCCAUUCCGAAAAGUAAAAAGAAUAAACGCUGCCAGUUGCACUCCUUAGAUACGCACAAACCUAAGCCGCUGGGGGGUAGCUGGAUGGAUGUAUGGGAACUCAUGUCUCAGGAAUGCAGAGAUGAAGUUGUUUUAAUUGACAGCGCCUGUCUUUUAGAAACUCUAGAAACAUACUUGCGCAAGCAUCGGUUUUGCACUGACUGCAAGAACAAGGUACUGAGGGCGUACAACAUUCUGGUGGGCGAGUUGGACUGCAGCAAGGAGAAGGGAUACUGCGCGGCGCUGUACGAGGGCCUGCGGUGCUGCCCCCAUGAGCGCCACAUCCACGUGUGCUGCGAGACAGACUUCAUAGCCCAUCUCCUUGGCCGUGCUGAGCCCGAGUUUGCUGGAGGGUAUGAGCGCAGAGAAAGGCAUGCCAAAACUAUAGAUAUUGCUCAAGAAGAGGUCCUCACCUGUUUGGGAAUCCACCUAUAUGAGCGUCUGCACAGAAUCUGGCAGAAACUAAGGGCAGAAGAACAGACCUGGCAUAUGCUCUUCUACCUGGGAGUUGAUGCGUUACGCAAAAGCUUUGAGAUGGCAGUAGAGAAAGUGCAGGGGAUCAGUCGCCUGGAGCAACUGUGUGAAGAGCUCUCUGAGGAGGAGCGAGUGCGGGAGAUGAAGCAAGAGAAGAAGAGACAGAAGCGUAAGAACAGACGCAAAAACAAGUGUGGCUUCGACAUGCCCAGGCAGGAGGCCGAGGGCAAGGAAAGGAGCCUGGAUGAGAGUUCGUUAGAGGCAGUGGAGGGCGGCUGUACGGCCUGCGGUGGUGCAGAAGAGUCAAGUGGUUGUGUGCAAGUCAUUGUUGCCAACGAUGCCACAUCCUGCAGCUGCCCUGACAGUGCCAUACUGAGCUCCCCUAAGGCCAAGAAAGACCUGUCUCCGCUUAGCAAUGGCAGUGACUGUGGAUACUCCUCCAGCAUGGAAGGCAGCGAGUCAGGCUCCCGGGAAGGUUCAGAUGUGGCGUGCACUGAGGGCAUCUGUAACCAUGACGAAGCAGAAGGAGACUACUCCUGUGGGCACCGCUGCAGAGAGGACAAGGAAGAGGACACAGCAGAUAGCUGUGUGGAGUGUUGGGCCAACUCUGAAGAGAAUACAAAAGGCAAAAACAAAAAAAAGAAGAAGAAGAACAAAGGCCUCGGUAAUGAGCAGGAUCAUAAGACGGGUGUAGGCUGCAUAGGGGAUGUGAACUGCCGAGGGAGCGCGGAAGAUGGCCACUCUGCAUUGCUCACCUGCCGGACCAAAGAAAGGUGUGCCAAACUGUGCUGCCAGACCUUUGCAAGCAUUGCACUUCAGUUGCCCUGGGCAGAACAUCGGAAAACGCGGAACUACUUUUCUGGACCACCAGAAGUAAACUCCUACACACGCUGGGACAGCAGCACAAAGAGUCUCAUGGAACUUCUUGAUGAGUGUGAAAUAACUUCAGAUGAAGAGAACUGUCUAACACAGGAUGAAAUCCAGUCUUUUCUUGAAAACAACAAGUCCUUCUACAGCAACCGGGAUCAGUACCGACAGCACCUGAAAGAUAAGUUCACAAAGUACUGCCACUCAAAUGAGAGCAAGGAGCCUGUUUGUCCUGCGGAGUGGCUGACUAUGACCAGCCUGAACUAAGUGAUCUCAGUCCACAGCAGUCCUUCCUGUCUUUCUGAGGAAAAUGGCUUACGAAGACCACUGCACCGCCUUUAAAAUUUCUACAGUUCAUUACACUGUCUUGUUAAUUUUUUUUGUCAGAAGUAAAGGUGUUUUUUUUUGUAUUUUUUCCUUUGGCCAUUUUGUUCCUCAUGGAACACUUAUUUCUGGCAUCUUCCUUAGGACUGGUGGUGGACAGCACACAGUUAAUUUUUCAGGCUUGCAAGCUGUGACAUUAGGGUAGGUGUGGUAGUUCUGUCUUGUUUCUUGUUUCCACACUCAUUUUGUUUCUCUGUGACACUUAAAAUUUAGGUGGCAAUGUUGUACCAAUAAAUGUGUACAGAAAUGAUCUGAAUAUAAAGAUUUUACAAAAAGGCAUUCAUUUAUAAAGAGGUUUAGAUGUAAUGUUGAGUGC